CGGAGCAACCCAUAAUUUUUGGACUAUCUGUUGCUGAGGCAGGACAAAAUGUGGUCUUUAACUGCACUGCCCUCUCGUGGCCGCCCAGUAAACUCAGCUGGUACUUCAAUGAUUCUCUGGUGGCCACUACCUCGGUGUUUCAGACAGGCCCUCUCUCUUUAAACAUGAGUGGAGCAUAUACCUGCGUGGCCUACAACAAUGUGACUGAGAAAAACAGCACAACCUCCACAAUGCUUACAGUCAUUGAGGCUGUAGAGUCAGUGAUGAUCAAGUCCAGCACAAUCCCAAUAGAGUCUGACAAUCUCACUCUGACCUGUGAGGUUACCGGGCCUUUUGAGUCAAUCUACUGGAUGAAGGACAACAUGCCCCUCAACAUGAACACCUCCACCAUCAACUCAAACGUGUCCUAUUACAUUAGGAGCAACUCACUGCACUUCAGUCCAGUGACUCGGUACGAUGAUGGGAUCUAUCAGUGCGUUGCUACCACUCUUGCGGGUCCACAUAAAAGCCCUCAAUACGUCCUGCUCGUGAUCUAUGGCCCUUUGAGUGUGGAUAUUACUGGCCAAGAGAUAUCAGCACUGGACACAGUCUUUGUGUCACUGACGUGCUCUGCUGACUCUCGCCCAAUCAGUGAGUACCAGUGGUUCGUCGACGGCCUAGACUUUGUAAUUGGAACUGGACCUGUUAUCACGUAUUUUGUGACUGAUGGGAACUACACAUGUAUGGCAAGAAACCCUGUGACCAACAUCACAAUGUCCCAGACAAUAGCCGUUAGCGUCAAUGGCCACGCGUCUGCCCUCCCUGUCCAGGCACAGGGCAGGUUGGUUUUGCUGGCUCUGUUGGCCUUGUCUCUCCCUGUGGUUACCGACUGGCUGUCCCACUGA